UCUUCAUGACACUGACUGUAUCAGAUACGUGCGUUCGUGCACGAGCACAAGGGUUAGCUAAUGGCCUGUUGAGACGGCCGUCAAAUAAAUUUUACAACCUCAGAACAGGACUUUCUUGUUCCUGUAAAUAUAUAUCCAAAAUGCGUCGCAGAGUGACAGGUACAGCGUUCGAGAUGCUGGGCUGUGGUUGUACUAUCACGAGCCAGAGAUUGAGCAGACUUUUGCUUGCCCCCAUCCCGAAAACAAUCACCCCCAUCUCAACAGACAGCAAAAUAUUUAGUUCUACAUCUUCAAUACAGGGAUAUACAGAACUGGCACGAGAGAGGUCCAAAACCGUCACGUCAUUUUACAACCAGUCUGCAAUCGAUGCCUCGGCAGAAAAGGCCUCAGUCCGACUGACACCAGCCACCCUGCUCUACGCUGGGAAGUCUCCGGAUGGAAACCACGUCCUGAGUAGUGCCAAGUACCUGCACAAGGAGUUGCCUGUGCGCAUUGCCCACCGUAUCAAGGGCUUCCGCAGCCUUCCCUUCAUCAUUGGCUGCAACCCCACCGUCCUGCAAGUGCAUGAGCUCUACAUUCGAGCCUACCACGUGUUGUGCGAUUUCCCAGUGAUCAAGGACCAGGAGAUGGAAGCUCGCUACAGUAAGCUGGUGCAGCAGCUCCUGGAUGACCACAAGGAUGUGGUCACUCUGCUGGCCGAAGGCUUCAGAGAGUGUCGGCGACACAUUCAGGAUGAGACCCUUGUCCGUAACUUCCUGGACACCACCCUCACCUCCCGCCUGGGGAUCCGGAUGUUGGCCACACACCACCUUGCCCUGCAUGAAGAAAAUCCUGAUUUUGUGGGCAUCAUCUGCAGGAGACUUUCCCCCAAAAAGAUCAUUGAGAAAUGGGUUGAUUUUGCAAGGCGUCUGUGUGAGCACCAGUACGGUAACUCCCCGCGGGUGCGUAUCAACGGCCAUGUGGCGGCCCGCUUCCCCUUCAUCCCUCUGCCCCUAGACUACAUCCUGCCUGAACUGCUGAAGAACGCUAUGAGGGCCACCAUGGAAAGCCACCUCGACACACCUUACAACGUGCCCGAUGUCGUAGUCACCAUCGCCAACAACGAUGUGGACUUUGUCAUCAGGAUCUCAGACCGUGGUGGCGGCAUCCCUCACAGCAUCCUGGACAAGGUGACAGACUACCAUUACAGCACAGCUGAAGAGAGCAACCAAGACCCUCGCAUGAACAAUCUCUUCAACACCUUGACCAACAGUGGGCCUCAGUCCGGCCCAAUGCACGGGUUUGGCUUCGGGCUGCCCACCUCCCGGGCGUACGCUGAGUACCUGGGCGGUUCCCUGUCCAUCCAGUCCAUGCAGGGCAUCGGCACCGACGUCUACCUGCGCCUGCGCCACAUCGACGGCAAGGGAGAAAGCUUCCGCGUCUAAGACCACUUGCAGGGAGCACAGAUACAUUUCCACCAAGGGGCUCAGCCAUUUCAGUGUUAGCCAGGGCUAGGCUGAUAUGUGACCAGAAGUGGCGGGAAAAGUACUCAAUUGUCAUACUUGAG